CUGAGAUCUGUUGUCUAGAAAGAGCUAUUUUCCUCACUGACCCCCUAAGGAUGGAGAAGGACAGAGAACCGAUGGCUGAGAGAAUCUUACACCUCACCCUAGAGAUCAUCUACCUGCUGACCGGAGAGGAUUACACGGUAGUGAAGAUGGUGACUGAAGAGGGUGAAGGCCGGAGCAGGGAGAAGGUUCCUAUAUCAAGGUCUCCAAUGCACUCACUAAUACAUAAGGGAAACAGUCAUCAGGAGAUCCUGGAGCUCAUCAACAAGAUGAUGGAGCUGCUGACUAGAGAGGUUCCUAUAAGGUGUCAGGAUGUGGCGGUCUAUUUCUCCAUGGAGGAGUGGGAGUAUGUAGAAGGACACAAGGAUCUGUACCAGGACAUGGUCAUGAUGGAGGAUCACCGGCCCCUCACAUCACAAGAUGGAGUCAUUGAUAGAAAUCCACCCGAGAGGUGUCCCCGCCCUCUGUAUUCCCAGGACUGUCCAGAGGGAAAUGUCCCAGAGAACCAUCAGGGGGGAGAUCUGACUAAUAAUAAAGUGGAGAAUGAAGAAGAAAUGAUUUGGGGCCAUCACCCGUGUAUGAGGGAAGUGAAGGAGGAAAUUCCAGGAGGUGUUACCCCAGAAAAGGGAAACGUCAUGUUAUCUAUAAAUUAUAAAGAAGAAGAUGGAGAGAUCAUGGAGCGCUCCUCAGGAGAAGAUGGAGAGAUCAUGGAGCGCUACUCAGGUGAAGACCUCCUUACCCCUAAAGUCCAUCCAGAUCUAUCUUAUAAUAAUCCCCCUGAUCAUCACCAACCACACAUUGUUACCUCAAGGACAGAUGAGAAAGGUGGGAAAAGGUAUCAAUGUGAUGAAUGUGGGAAAGAGUUUACACACAGCUCAUCUCUUUGCAAACACAAAAGGAGCCACACAGGAGAGAAGCCGUAUUCAUGUUUACUGUGUUGGAAACGUUUUACACGUAAAUCCGGUCUUAAUCAACAUAAAAGAAGACACACAGGGGAAAAGUUGUAUUCCUGUUCAGAAUGUGGGAAAUGUUUUACAGAUAAAUCAAAUCUUGUUAAACAUGAGAGAAUUCACACAGGAGAAAAGCCAUUCUCAUGUUCAGAGUGUGGGAAAUGUUUUACAAAUAAAUCGCAUCUUGUUAUGCAUGAGAGAAUUCACACAGGAGAGAAGCCGUAUUCAUGUUCAGAAUGUGGAAAAUGUUUUACCGAUAAAUCACAUCUUGUUACACAUGUGCGAAUUCACACAGGAGAGAAGCCGUAUUCAUGUUCAGAAUGUGGAAAAUGUUUCAUUACUAGAGCUAAACUUAAGAAUCAUCAGAGAAUUCACACUGGAGAGAUACCAUUUCCAUGUUCUAAAUGUGGCAUUUUUUUAAAAAAUAAAUCAAGCCUUGUUAUACAUGAGAGAAUUCAUGCAGGAAAUAAUCUGCACACAUGUUCCCUUUGUGGGAAAGGUUUUACAAAAAAAUAUAAUCUUGUUAAACAUGAGCGAAGGCACACAGGAGAGAAACCACAUUCAUGUUCAGAAUGUGAGAAAUGUUUUAUCACUAAAGACAAACUUGCGGAUCAUCAAAGAAUUCACACAGGAGAGAAACCAUUUACAUGUUCAGAAUGUGGUAAAUGUUUUACAAAAAAAUAUAAUCUGGUUAUACAUGAGAAAAGGCACAAAGGAGAAAAGACAUUUCCAUGUUCUGAAUGUGAGAAAUAUUUUAUUUCUAGAGACAAACUUAGGGAUCAUCAGAGAAUCCACACAGGAGUUAAACCAUAUUCAUGUUCAGUAUGCGGGAAAUGUUUUACAAAGAAAAAACAUCUUGUUGUACAUGAAAGCAGUCAUACAGAAGAGCAUCCAUAUUCAUGGUCAGAAAGCGGGGAAGGUUGUUUUCCUGAAGGCGAUCAGAGUAUUCACACAGAAGAGAAGUCGACCUGAUGUUCUAAGAGUAUCAGAAGUUUUUUUAAGGAAACUCAGAGAAAUCACAGAGAGACAAAACCAGAUUCAUGUUUGGAAUGUGGGAAAUGCUAUAGGACCCAAUAAGAUUUUUACCCCUUGUGUUUUUCACAGACAGUUAUAACAUUAUCACAAGGUGAUGUAUUUUGGGUGGAAUCAGCCUGAUUGUGACAAAAUGUUCUCUCGGAAUCAUCUCCAUGGUCCUCACCUCUUACUGUAUUCAUCACCUAGGAGAGUCAGGAUACCCAUGUACAUUUUUAUUGUAAUAAUAUUUAAUUUUGUAUUUGUUUGUUAAUAAAAAUUCCCAGAUCUUGUA